CCGGCGAUUUGUUAAAUUUAACAGGAGCAAUCUUGCAACACUUGCUUAGACAUAUAAUAAUACUUGGCGUCUAUUACACAGUAACGGACACUGUAUUGAUUUUUCAAAUUUACUAUUACCGCAAAUUCAACAAAUCCGAUGAAGAACUACCCCUUUUACAAACGCAACCAAAUAAAAAUAAAAAUAAAAAUGAUAAAAAUUCUACUCAAUUGCAAUUUAUUAUAGUAAUUCCCAUUUUAUUAUUAUGUGUAUUAACUGGAGUAGUCGCCUUUUCCAAUAGACAAGAAGUUAAAAAAGAUCAUUCUUUAUGGAUCCGUAAAGAACAAAUGGAAUUGUUACCACAGAUGUUUGGAUGGAUUAGCGCAUUUCUUUAUCUCGGUUCUCGAAUUCCACAAAUUCUCCAAAAUUAUAAGAGUAAAUCCACUGAAGGCUUAUCAUUGGCCAU